AUGAAAAAGCAUUUUCUCCACUUCCUGAUUACAUUAGUGGUGACUGUGAUUGUCCUUCGAACUCUCUUCAUUUCAGAAACUAUCCAAGCUCCAACUGAAUUCUUUUCAGAAGAGGUGGUUGUUCGUCAUGUUCUUCCAGUCGUUACUGAAUAUCCAAUUGUAAAGUGUGUAGAAAAUGACAGUGUUCAAAGUUUCCCAGACUUUAAUGGUCAGCCACAGAACAUGAAAGAUUUUUUGACCUACCGUCACUGUAGAAGUUUUCCAUUGAUACUUGACUCCCCCAUGAAGUGUGGUGGAGCUAAUGGCUCCAAGGAAGUUUUCCUGUUGCUAGCCAUUAAAACAGCCCCAGCAAAUUACGAACGUCGGGAAGCCAUAAGGAAAACAUGGGGAGAAGAAAAAAGCUAUGGAGGUGCCAAAGUAAAAAGAAUUUUCCUUAGUGGAGUUUCAAGGACACAGAAAGAGGCAAAACGGAUGCUGCAGCUGCUAGCAGCAGAGAGUCACACAUAUGGAGACAUCCUGCAGUGGAAUUUUGAAGACACCUUUUACAACUUAACAUUGAAGCAGGUCCUUUGCCAUAAGUGGGUGGAUCUUAAGUGCUCAGGGGCACAGUUUAUUUUCAAUGGUGAUGAUGACGUUUUUGUUCACACUUCAAACGUCAUUGAUUAUUUGAGCGGCUUGGAAAUGGAUGGAUUGAAAAGGCAUCUUUUUGUUGGAGCACUGAACAUAGGGAUGCCACCUAUUCGUGAAAAGCCUAGCAAGUACUAUGUCCCAGAAGAACUUUUUCCCGGUGAUUCAUUUGCACCCUAUUGCGGCGGAGGAGGUAUCCUCAUGUCUGGCUUUACAGUUAAUGCUAUCUCAAGGGCAUCAGUGCACAUUCCCCUUUUUCCUAUUGAUGAUGCCUAUCUGGGAAUGUGCCUUGCAAAGGCUGGUCUAAGCCCAGAUAACCACGAAGCAAUGCGAACAUAUGGCAUCAGCAUGCCAAACGCAGUGGACUCAUUUGAUCCUUGUUAUUACCGUGACAUGCUUAUGGUCCAUCGAUUCAUACCAUAUGAAAUGCUAAUUAUGUGGAAAGCCUUACAGCUUUCCAAGCCUAAGUGCAGAACACAAAAAGUGAAUGUUUCUAAACCAGCUCUACCAUAA